CAGCCUCGGCCUCUCAUUCCUCCUCUUCGUGUCCCCCAUGGGGGAACAGCGGGUCAGAUGUGCCUUUCCAAGGGGCCCCACUGGGGGUUGGUGUCUGGUCCUCAGUUCACCCCCCCACGAGUGCUGACACCCCAGAUCUCUCGGCCCGUUCCUCCCAGUAGCCAGAGAUCCCAGCACCUGUGGGGUUCUUACAGCUUUCCCUGAUUUAUCAUGUGUUACAUUCUCAGUAUAUCACAUCAAAUGAGCAGUUGCAAACAAGAUCUGGUUAAUUCUUGUCUAAAACGCAGAGAUUAAAAGGCCCUUUCCUCUCUGCCUUCCUUGCAGCGACUGCCGUCCCCUGCUGGGGGAUGCGACCCACCCACCCAGCCGGAUGGCACCAGGAACAUCCACGGGGAAACUCCAGCGCUGUAAAUCCAAAGCAACGCAAAAACUGGGAAUAGAAACCUGGGAACAUCUUGCCUCAACACGCUGGGGCUUUCACAACCUGCUUGGCCCGUGCAUGGUGGCUCCAGUGGCUGCAGUCCCACGGAAAACCAACCGCAGUUCUCCCUGCAGCUCCAGCAAAUUGUAGCCUGGUGCAGGAACAGGUAUUGGGCUGAAGGAAAUUCGCAGUUUGGAGCAUUUGGGAAGCACAGUCUCACCAUCCAGGCUGGGAGCUCAGUGGUUGCUCUUCCUCCCCUGGCUGCUCCUGGGCCCUGCAGGGCAGAAGCUGGACGGGUGCAUCAGAGGUGACACUUCUCCAGCCACCACCAGAGCGUCGCUUCUUGGGAGACUGAGGAGCCAAGCUGUGGGACAGAGGCUCUGCUCUGCUGGUAUGAACCUUGCUUCCAGCUGUUCCCAAAGAAUCUGGCUGGUUUGCAGCAGUUUGGGGAAUCAGCAGCUCUGCCCUUGCACCGUGACUCUUCUUCUGGGUGACAUGUGAAGGCAGCGCGGGGAGCGGCAGCAGCAGAGAUGCAUUCCAGCCACCCCGAGGACCCCAAGGAAGCCACCCAGCUGAUCAAGAAGCAACUGGUGAAUGCCAUCAAGGCUCUGCAGAAGCAGUAUGUGAGCUCGGAUGCCGUGGUCACCAGUGAUGACAGCAAUGCCAACACGCUCUGCAGUGCCCUGGAAGCUGUGUUUGUGCACGGGCUGAAGGCAAAGCACAUCAAGGCAGAGAGUGGGGGGAAAGGGAAGAAAUCAGGGGGUCGAGGCCCCCUUCCCCAGCCAGUCUUUUGGGGCCUGCUGAAGAGCAUCACGCAUCGGAAUAUUGUCUCGGAGCUGGAACAGCUGAUGUUUAUCAACACGGACGUGGGGCGCUGCCGGGCCUGGCUGCGGCUGGCGCUCAACGACGGCCUCAUGGAGUGUUACCUGAAGCUGCUGCUGCAGGACCAGGCCAGGCUGCACGAGUACUACCAAGCCCCUGCUGUGCUCCUGGACACCGAGGAGUGCGAGUUUCUGCUCUGCUACUUGCAGGGUUUAUCAUCCUUAACCUUCGAGCUCUCCUAUAAGUCAGCAGUUCUGAACGAGUGGACCGUCACCCCGCUGUCCCUGUCGGGUCUGUGUCCCAUGUCUGAGCUGCUGGAGCCCCUCACAUCCUCUGAACCCCGCAGGAAAGCAUCGCUGGGCUCCAUCUCCCAAUCCUCGGGGUCGGAUGAGAUCGAGAUCCAAGCCCCUGUCCUGCCCAUUGGCAAAGCCAGCAGCAAGAUCAAGCUCACGUCGUCCUCGCUCAGCCUGAACACCACGAGCUCGUCCCAGCUCUCGUCCAGCCUGGGCUCCGACAGCCUCCCCCCAGCGCCGUGCGCCCGCAGCCCCGAGCGCAGCGAGGAGCCGCUGUCCUGCGACUCCGACCUGGGCACGGCCACCGCCGAGGAGCUGGACAGGUCCCUGCAGGAGGUGUUGUCCGAGUUCAGCAAGGCCAGGCCAGGCCCAGAUGCCCCAGAGGGACGGCUGCUCCCCAGCAUGCUGGGCUGCUCCCCCCAGCCACCCCCAGGCCCCCUGGCAUCACCUGCCCACCCAGCACCAUCCCACGGAGCGCAGCAGGAGCCUCCCCCCAGCAGGGACAUCUCUGCUGGGCCGGGAGCCCCCACGCCCCCCGGCCAUGGGGACAGAGAUGCCAGCAGCACCUCCAGAGCCACGACCCCUCGGGACGGUCCGGGCAGAGCAAACAGUGGCAGCGAGGGGAGCCAGGCUGUCCGCAGCCCCACGGCCCAGCACCUGCUCUCUCCCCUGCUGGGGUGUCCGAGCUGGAUCUCAGAAGAUGAUUUCUACAGACCUUCCCCGGGAGAGAGCAGCAGGAGCACGGCUGACACCAACGGCUUCGGGCCAGAGGGGGACAACGAGGGGCCAGCCCCAGGGCUCAUCAGUGCUCUGGACUUGGAGAGGCUCUCAGUGCCACCCUCGGACACUGGGAAGCCCAAAAUGUCCCCAGAGCGGGAGCAGAAGGGCUUCAGCGUGGUGCACCGCAGACAGAUGGGUCUUUCCAACCCUUUCCGCGGGCUGCUGAAGCUGGGCAGCCUGGAGCGGCGAGGAGCCAUGGGGAUUUGGAAGGAGUUUUCCUGCGAGCUGUCCCCGCUGGAGCUGCGGCUCUUCCUGGACCACGAGGAGCAGAUCUGCGUGGAGACCUUCUCCCUGCUGCGCUGCGAAUCCCUGGCGCUCACCCACUCGGACGGCCGCUUCGAGCUGGUUUUCCUGGGGAAAAAGCUCUUCCUCCGAGCCCCUUCCCGGGACGAGGCAGAGGACUGGCUGGACAGGAUCCGUGAGGCCCUGCGCAAGUGCCGGCCGCAGCUGGAGGAGGAGGACUGGGAGACUCUGGAGUGUUCCGAGGAUGGAGGCGAAGCCCAGCCCAUCCAGGGCGAUUCCAGUGCUCUCCAGUACAGUGAUGUGCCUGGGAGCAGCUUGGACUGGACUGCAGCUCCAGAAGCAGAGCUGGAUGCGAUCAAAGAGGCUGUUCUGUACAUGGACGUGGACAAAACUUGGGUCCCGUUUAUUUUUUCCCUGUCUCUAGAAACUCUGAAGUGCUUUAAAAUAAGAAACAAUGACAAAAUUUUAAGCAACAGUUACGGCAUAGAGACCAUCCAGGACAUCCUUCCAGACACCAGCCUGGGGGGACCCUCCUUCUUCAAGGUGAUCACCUCCAAGGCUGUGCUGAAGCUGCAGGCUGAGAACGCGGAGGAGGCGGCCUCGUGGCGGGAGCUGGUCCGAGAGGUGCUCAUGUCCUACCUGGAGACUGCUGAGGAGGCGCUGACCCUGGGGGGCAGCUUGGAUGGGCACUCCCAGGUGGUCCUGAAGAACAUUGUGAAGGAAAAUGGCUUCUUGUUGCAGUACCUGGUGGCCAUCCCCAUGGAGAAGGGCCUGGACUCGCAGAGCUUCAUCUGUGCAGGCUGCUCCCGGCAGAUCGGCUUCUCCUUCGCCAGGCCCAAGCUCUGCUCCUUCUCCGGCCUCUACUACUGCGACAGCUGCCACCGGGACGAGGAGACCGUCAUCCCCUCCCGCCUCAUCCACAACUGGGAUCUGACCAAACGGGGGGUGUGCAAGCAGGCCCUGAAGUUCCUCACGCAGAUCCGAAACCAGCCGCUGAUCGACCUGAGGCUGGUCAACGAGAGUCUCUACGAGCACGUGGAGAGGAUGCGGCAGAUCCUGCGCAGCCGGGAGCAGCUGAAGCUCCUGGGGGAUUAUCUCAUCAUGUGCCGCAGCGGCGCCCUGAAGGAGCUCAGCAAGCGGCUUGAUCACAGGCAUUACCUCCUGGAGUGUCCCCACAAAUACAGCGUGGCUGAUCUGAGGCAGAUUGCUGAUGGCACCUUUGAGACCUUCCUGCAGUCGCUGCUGCAGUUUGCAUCCCACCACGUCUACAGCUGCGACCUGUGCACCCAGCGCGGCUUCAUCUGCCAGAUCUGCAACAGCAGCAACAUCAUCUUCCCCUUCGAGUUCGACACUACCACCAGGUGCAGUGAAUGCAAAACUGUCUUCCACCGGGACUGCCACGCCCGGGCCCCGGCGUGCCCACGCUGCGAGCGGCGGCAGCGGUACCAGCGGCAGCUGGAGGCCAGCGCAGAGCCCAGCCUGUAGCCUGGCACUUACCUCGACACUACCCUCGCAGUGGGGAUGGCAGGAGGGAGAGAGCAGAGCCCCCUGCCUGAGAGCCCAUCCUGCCCUGGGAACAGGGACAGUGUGGGGUGGGUGCUCCUGCCCCUGGAGGGACCUUCUGCCCACCCAGGGCUAAAGAAAGGGGCUGGAAAAAUCCAUCCCCCUUCACACUAACCGGGUGCUGUUCCCUGUCACCCUCCUGGUGCCAAUAUCCCCUUGCAGUGGAACCCUGCGGCUCUUCAGGGUGUCAUCCCAGAAUUCCAAUCAAGGGUGUGAAGAACUGACGUUGAUCAAAGCUCUAGUUUUUUAGUAUACUGAAAACUGGUAUUUUUUUACAUGGGGGUUUUGCACAACUAGGCUGCUCUGGGUGGUAGAGCCACGCAGGGAGGGGACAAAGUGACACUUGUGCCUUUAGGGACCUGCAUGCCCAUGGGGACCGUGGGUGUCCCGAGCAUCUCCCACUCAGACAGCCCAGCCAGGGCCGUGGCCUCCGGGGAGAGCCAGGGAGAGCCAGGCCGCUCCUCCUGGCUGCUCAUCCUCGGGAGAAAUUUUAUUCUCCUUUAACCCCUUCCCACACAAAGAUAAUUAAAGUCUAUUUAACAACAA